GAAUUAAAUAAAUAAUAGUAGGAGAUAUUUGUUCCAUUAUUAAGAGAAAAUCCCUCAAAUAUCUCUCAUUCCAUUUAAAUUUCUUAAUUAUUGUUUAAUUGAUUGUUAUCACAAUUAUCAGUACUCUCUCUCUGUGCUUUCCAUUUUUUUUUGGCUAUCUUCACCAUUUUUAUUAUUGUUAAUUUAAUAAUAAAAAAAUGAAUCGUCAUCAAUAUUGAUUCAAGACAGAGAAUGAUAAUAUUACAGGUUUGUUUUUAUGCCUUUUUUAUUUUUAUUUUUUGUGUCGAUUUAGAUUUUGUAACAGUAGUGUGAUUACUUUGGAUACAAUAGGUUCGUUUAUCUUGUUUUAAGAGUUAAUUCUUUGAUAAAUUAUUUUUGUUGAAUCUUUUUUCUUUAUUUUUAUAUGCUUUUUGUUAAUUUCUUGUUUUUUUUUGUGACUGUCUUUUUUCAUUAUUAGCAAUAUUAAAUUUUUUUAGAGGGUUCUGAUUAUUUUAUCGAAAAAGGGUCAAAAAUAUCUUUGAACUAUUCGAAAUAGCUCAAAUAUACCCUUGAACUAUAUUUCAGCUCAAAUAUACCCUUCCCCUCAAAUUAUAGGGUCCACAAUACUCUUCUCAUUAAAAGGAACCGUUAAACACCACUUGAAUACCAUGUGGAUAUCACAUGGCAUGCCACACAAGCCAAAAUAGUUCCACUCAUAUCACGUAGAAAAUAAACUUACCCCUAUUUUCUCCCAAUUUUCUCUAUUUCUCUUAGUAUUUAGAAACGAUUUUGUUAAAAGUAGUUGUCCAUUAGUUAGUUGGUUACAUAACUAACUAUUCAAAAGUUUUAAAGUUUGUUAGUAGUUAGUUAGGCCUAUUAUUGUAAUUUCACUUUAUAGUUUGUUACCUCGUUUAAUGUGCUGAAUUAGUUAGUUAGUUAGUGAUAUUUUUGCUGCUUUGUUACAGCCUCUGAUUGCUAUAUAAGCAAUGCAGAGCAUCACUCGUUUGGCAUGAUAAAUCAAUACAACAUUUCCCUUUUUUUUCUCUUCUUCAUUUUGCAGCUUCCUCAAGAUUCUUCAAUGGAGUGAAGAACUUGAAAGCCUACUGUUUUUGUUCAUGGUAUCAGAGCAGUGUGAUCUGUAGAAUUAGUGAAGUUUAAAUCUCUAUCCAUUGUGAGAAUCUGUAGCUUGAGAUCUGCAGACAUGGUGGGAAUGAAGAUAGAUCAGAAUGAUCCAUUAUAUAUUGGAAAUUCUGAUAGUUCAAGUGUUGUGUUGAUUCCAAUCAAACUAAUUGGAUCUGAAAAUUAUGGAGUUUAGAGUAGGGCAAUGAGGAUUGCAUUAAUAGGGAAGAGGAAGUAUGGUUUUGUAACUGGUGCCUGCACUAGAGCUUUAUACAAAGAUGAAUUGCAUGAGCAAUGGGAAACUUGCAAUGCAAUUGUGUUGUCUUGGCUGAUGAACACAGUCAGUGAAGAGCUCCUUAGUGGUAUUGUAUAUGCCACAAAUUCUUUCUCAGUAUGGAAUGAUCUAAAGGAAAGAUUUGACAAGGUGAAUAGAGUAAGGAUCUAUCAAUUACAUAGAGAUAUCACCACUCUUUCACAAGGAACAGAUACUGUAUUUCAUUACUUCUCAAAGUUAAAAACAUUAUGGAAUGAGUAUGAUGCUAUAGUUCCAAAUCCAUGUAGUACUUGUUCUCAAUCGAUGGAGUACAAUGAUCAUUUAGAGCAGAUGAGAUUGAUUCAAUUCUUAAGUGGCGUGAAUGAGCCAUAUGAUCAGGCUAGGAGACAGAUACUACUUAAAGGAACUACACCAUCUAUGAAUCAAGCUUAUGCUAUGAUUAUAGAGGAUGAGAUUCAACACUCAAGUUAUAUGGAUAAUGCAGUCGAAAAAUCAAGUUCAAUGGUGAUGAGUGUUAACAGGAAUCAAGGAGUAGGAAAGGAACACUACAAAGGGAAGAAAUGUGAUUAUUGUCAUUUUUCUGGUCACACAAAGGAUAAUUGCUACAAGCUGAUUGGCUAUCCAAGUGACUGGAAACAAAGGAAGAAACCAGGUUAUGGAAAUGGGAAUGGAAACAUGAGAAAUGGUACAGGCACAAGUCAAUUCAAUGGAGGACAAAGUUCAGGAAAUAAUGGUGGAUAUGGAAGAGGAUAUCAGUCUGCAAAUAAUAUCUCUAAUGAUCAUUGUGAUCAUUCUAAUACUGUAUCAACUAAUCAGGUGGAAAAUAAUAACUUGUUAAAGGUGCCAAAGGGACAAACAUUCACUGAGAAGGAGUACAAACAAAUAAUGGAGAUGCUAAACAGAGAUGUACAUGAAACAAAACAAGUCAAUAUGACAGGACCUCUGCAGUGGCAGGGUGAAGGGGAUUGGUAAAGAAGAAGGAGGAUUGUACAGUUUUAAGGCUAACUUUUCAUCUAAACAGAAGGAAGAAAUAAGGUGUACACAAGAAAUAGUAGCUGCAGGAGCUGCAAUACAAGACACAGAUAUAUGGCACAGAAGGUUAGGACAUCCAUCUCAACAAGUAUUGAGAUAUCUCAAGUUAGAUACAAGCAGUAAAGGUGAUGGAGUAUCAACUCAUUGUCCUGUUUGUCCUUUAGCCAAGCAAACUAGACUUACUUUCCCUAUUAGUACUACUAGAGCAUCAAUAAUGUUUGAUGUUGUUCAUAUGGAUCUAUGGGGACCUUACAAGACCCCUACUCUAGAUAGAAAGUACUACUUCUUAACAAUAGUAUAUGACUAUAGUAGAUUUGUAUGGGUUCAUUUGUUGCAGUUAAAAUCUGAAACCAU